AUGGACAGCGACAAGCAAACGGUAAUGGUUUACACAAAUAGCUUCAUAGGAAUCGCCUGCAAUUUCCUGUUGCUCUAUUUGGUACUCGCCGAUACAUCGAAGCACAAUGUCGGAUAUAAAAACAUGCUUGCGAUCGUCACCGCUUAUAAUAUCUAUUAUGCUUCUUUACAUCCAAUACUUGACAUGGUUUACAUGGAUGCGUUCAACAAAUCGUUGACCCUUCUCGCUAUUCACUGCUUAAAAUGGCGUUUCCUUUUCGAUUCGAAGAAAUGGAUCUUCGUCCUUUUCAUGUUCAAUUUCGUUUUUGGACCGGCCUGGUGUGUGAUCUGUCAUAUUUGCUAUCAUUCAACUCCUGAACGAACUGAAAUGAGCAAAAUGGAAGCGAUGAAGCGCUUCAACGUGAAUUUAGAGGAAAUCGGAUAUAUUGGACCGGUGAUGAAAUGGCCCAACCCUCAAACAGGAGCCAUGCAAAUUCGUUGGUUUAACGUUUUGGGUUCAUUUGGAUGCUCGUCACUUCUUUUGAUUCUCUAUGCGAUCAUUUGCUUGGGAUGCGUGAGAUUAUAUCGUUUCAUCAGCACGUCGAUGGUGAGUGAACGCACGAAAAAGCUGAACUAUCAACUGCUUAGAUUGUUGCUCAUACAGACAAUCGCUCCGUUGAUCUUCGAGUACAUUCCAUGCAUCAUGGCGAUUUGGGGAGGAUUUAUUGGUAUGCCUUUCGCACUCGAGUUCGGCUGGUGGAUUCCUAUCUGCACUUCAGCUUACUCGAUCGCCGACUCGUUGAUGGUGAUCAUUGGAUUUAAAGCCUAUCGAGAGCGUCUUUUCGCCAUCCUUCGCUUGUUUCGUUUCUCCAACAAAAUCCUCUCAAAUUCGGAGGCUUCUGAUCACAAGACGACGAAAGGCGGACCUUCGGAAAUCUAUAGCUCAAAUAAU